AUGGACAAUCCGGCCUCCACCUUCGAAACUCCGAUCGGAAAACUCAUGUUCCCAGACUACUCGGUCCACAACCCAGACGACACAAAAUGGAUGAAGCGCGCUUACAUGUAUAUUGGCCGGUACCAGCGGAUGACUGGGGAAGUUAAGAAACUGCCACGGCCGAUUGCCGUGCUACGAAAACGCCAGGCAUCGGAGGAUGAGGAACUGGAGGUUGUGGAGAUUGUGCGCUAUAAAAUCUUCUUCAAGAGUCGGCCAGAGCCCGUGACUAAUGUUUGA